CGGCGAGGGGCGGGAUCGCGGCGUUUCGUAUUUAUAUACACUUCUGUAUAAAACAAGAGCAACUGCACACUUCAACAAACAGAUUUUUUCUUUCCCCGGGAUCACGUUAUUGACUAAAUCAUGAGUCGAGAGAUCAUCUAAACGGAUUUUUUUUUUUUAAUCGCAGACCCUCAGAAUGAAGGGUCUUUACCUUGUGGAGCCUGUAGUUGCUCUGUACGCUUUCUCCAGUUUUCUCAUCUAUCCCCUGGUGCAGCAGUAUGUGUACCGGAGGUUCUGGCAGCAGCUGACAAACACCACCUAUCCUAUCUCUGACAACACAUCCAGGUGUACAAUAAACAACAGCAGCAACCACUCCAGCUACCAUGAGGAGGUACAAAGACAGGCAUCUCUCUUCUCCCUUUACACAGAGCUCUUCUCCACAAUCCCCUCUUUGGUUGUCACUCUCAUGCUCGUGGCCUACAGUGACAGAGGAGGACGCAAGAUCACGAUCAUCAUGCCUCUGAUUGGCACGUUGAUAUACACCCUGUCCUUCCUGACCGUCUCCUACUUUGAGCUCAACAUUUACUUGCUCAUUGGUUCCUCACUUCUCAGCUCUCUGUUUGGCGGACUGGGCACAUUUUUGGGGGGCUGUUUCGCCUACAUAGCAGACUUGUGUAAAGAUGAUCGUCAGAAGACGUUGCGCAUGGCUGGACUAGAUAUGAUGAUCGGCCUGUUGUCUGGGGUGGCCUCAAUAUCAACAGGCUACUUUCUGAGAGCUGCAGGCUUUAACUGGCCUUUCGUAACCUCUGCGUUGUGCCAGUGUUUGGUCCUACUCUAUGCAGUUUUCAUCCUAGAAGAGACUGUGAAGAAGGCCCCCACUGAUGCCAAUAUUCUAAAUGGGCCUCCUCAGCACUCGGCCUUGAAACAGAUGAUCUAUGGGGUCUACCGGAUGUUUACAGGGACUAGCCACAAGUGUAAAACUGUCUUGGUCCUCCUUAUGCUAAUCUUCACCAGCUUUUCUUUCGCCUAUGUGGGUGGGAUCUCCAUGAUGACACUAUAUGAGCUGAAUGAACCGCUUUGCUGGACUGAGAUUUUGAUCGGUUAUGGGUCAGCACUGUCCACCACUGUGUUCCUGACUAGUUUUGUGGGAGUGACAGCAUUCACGUACUGUGGUGUGCCACAGAUUGUCAUCGUGCUGAUGGGAAUCGUGUCCGUCAUAUCAGGAAUGAGCCUAGUGGCGUUUGCUAAGACCACUUUUCUGAUGUUUAUAGUGAGGGUGCCAAUGCUUCUGUCUAUCAUGCCUUUCCCUGUUCUGCGCUCCAUGAUGUCAAAGAUCAUCUCAAAGUCUGAGCAGGGAGCCCUGUUUGCCUGUCUUUCCUUUCUGGAGAGUUUAACCAACAACGUAUCAGUCGCAGUCUUCAACAGCGUGUAUGCCGCCACGGUGACAUGGUACUCCGGUUUCAUCUUUCUGUUGUCCGCAGGACUCUGUGCCAUUCCUUUGUUUGUCCUAGGGGUUGUAGGUGUGAUAGGAGUGAAUGUUGCCAAAGAAGUAAAGAAGCCUGACCCGGCCUUCUCAGGGGAGGAGGAUCCUGUUGAAGAUGAGAAUGAAAACAGUCCUCUUCUUAGUUGAGCACAAAUGGACCGCCAAACCUGACCAGCACUUUAUUUGUUUUUUCUUUAUUCUUUAUCCUUUAUUCUAAAAUACUUGUUUCCAGAAGUACCUCAGUACGUCUUGUUAGUUUCAUAGGUUAAUAAUGAAGGUUACAAAUUCAUAUCUUAGCUUUUGAUGCUGUGGUUCCUUCUGCUUAAAUAUUCUGGAUAUACAACAGGGAUUCAAAGGAAAACAGUGAGGAAUAUUACAACAAGUUUUCGAGUAAGAUCGGUAUAUGAGCUUUCUCAGACUUUAUUUAUACCUCAAAAUGCCCCAACCGGCACAUACAAAGCUUCAAAAUUCAAAGGAUUUUAUGUGUUUUCAUACGAUGACUGUGAUAUAGCUAACAUUUUUCCAGUUAGGAUUUCCAGUUAUGCAAACAGAUUGUGUUCUGUCUGACCUUUUGUCUCUCUGUCUCCUCUUUUAUAUGCAAUAUAAUAUAAACCUUGUUUACUGUGAAAGAUAUUAGCAACUUUAUGAUUACAUCUACAUUUUUAUCAGCAAAAUAACAUUAAGUGAUGUAAAAAUAAAUCUGAUCAAAACCAUGAAGAAAGGGAAAAACAAUCAGUGCCUUUUAAGAAAUGAAUUUACAACAUGAUCUAAAGGAUCAUAAGGAAGGAAAAGACGUAAGCAUCAUUGUAUAAAUAUAUUUAAAACUGCACAUAAAAACAGUAAACCUUUGUUAAAGCAUUGGUGGGUUCUUGAAAGGAUGAAAUGUGUUAAAUGUUUUCUGAGGGGAAAUAUGACCUUUGCCUUGUUUGUUUUAUGGACAUAUGGAUUUGUUUCUGACUUUAGAAACCAAACAGGUGGUUGACUCAUGUUCAUUGUUGUUUUGAGGCCUAAUUCCAACUGUUCUAUCAGAAGUACACAUGUAAACCAAAAGAUGUAUAUGUUUUUGGAGUUUAUCUCAAAAAUGAAAAUAAUCUAAAAAAAAAACACACAUUGUCUGUGAUGUAUAUAAUCAUUAUUUCUUUAUGUGUAUGUUUAUGUCUUUGUGUAAGUACAAUUUUAAAGACUUUAAAUAAUUUUCUGUUUGAAUCUAGUUCCUCUGACACCAUCCCAAAGAAGAGUUAGAGAACAUACUCUCUUCACUUUAAGUUUUAAAUCUUCCUUCUGCUCAUUAAAACUUCUACUAACUGAGA